AUGCGUAGUGAGCGGAUGGCGUGGUGCUGGUGCUUGCGCAUGCGUGAUGCGGAGACACAGAAGGCUCCGCAUGCGCAGUGCCGCGGUGCUGGCCUCUGCGCAUGCGCAGUCUGCGCAUGGGCAGAGCGGCAGUGGAGCGAUGUAAGUAGGGGACAUGGAGGGGGGAAGCGGGCCGGGUCGGGCCGCGCUCAUUCGGUGUCGCCUCACAGGCAGGCGGCCCUGGAGAUCACGGCGCGGUACUGCCGCAACGAGAUGGAGCAGUACGGGCGCUGCGUGGCCGCCAGCCCGACUUCGUGGCAGACGGAUUGUCACAGCCUCCGCCUCAGCAUGUCCCGCUGCGCCGCCACGCACCCCAUCGUGCAGCGGAUCCGGGAGGACUGCGCUGAGCCCUUCGUGGCCUUCGAGCAGUGCCUGAAGGAGAACCAGGAGUCGGUGCUGAACUGCAGUGAGCACGUCAACGCCUUCCUGCGCUGCGCUGAGAGGGUGAAGCUGCCGGCGUGAGGGAACCCCCCAGAAUUAAAACUCAUGGUCAGAAGCAAAAGAAAACUCUUGAUACUCUGCAUUCUCAUCACAGUGCUUGGUUGGGUCGCUGCUCCCCCUCUGAAAAACCCAUGGGUCACUUGGGUAGGAAGCGAAAGCCACCUUUUAUUUCUGCAGCUUGUACUGAGGAAUUCCUUUUGUCUCUGAGGACAGCGUUUUCCCUUUGUCCCAAUAACAAGUAACCAGCCAACACGCCGCUGAAGACUGAAACCCAGCUCUGGCUUUUUCCACUGUUGACAGGAGCUGCUUUUGGAGCUGAACUGACUCCUUGUUUCCUCAAGCAUGGAAUUCCCAGCUUGCCCAGUUUGGGAGCCCCGUGGGCUUUGUGCAGCUUUAGAACAGCAGAGGGAGUCUUCGCACAGCAGAACAACUGCAAACUUCAGAGCUCCUCCAACUCUGAGCAAUGCAGCGCAAUGAAGAUCUGCCCCUGGGAGGGUGGGGGGCUGCUGCCCGCGUCCUCGCUUUGGGGGGGGGGACGCAGAGCCCGAUUUCUGGGCUGUAAUGAAUGGAAAUAAACCAUCACUCUGUAAGGAUGUUUUACAAGGAGUGGAUGAAGAGAUUCUGCCCUCUGCAAGCUGCUUUUUCUCGACCCCCGCUGCUCCCAUUCCAGCAUCCAACCACUCUUUCGGAAGAGGGAUUUUUUUCCCUAACAUCCAAACUGAGCCUCCCUUGGCGCAGCUUGAGGCCGUGAGUUGUUGUACCUGAAUGGAAAGGUGAGGCAUGGAGCAGGAACUUGGCUCGGAUCCAUUCCCACUGCCAUUCCACCCCCGGGUCGCACAGAUCCGCGUUCCAACCCCGGCGUGAGGCCAAGCGGGGUUGGCAGCCUUCAUUCAGCUCAAUCCUGCAGCCGGGCAGAGUUUAACUCCUUUGGGGAGAGGUGCAGCGGAUGGCAGUGGCUUCCAGCUUCCAGCACGGCCCGAAUCGUCUCAAUGCACUGCAGCAGGAGUGGGAUUUGAGAUGGAGCAGAUGAGAGCAUCCACGCUCACAGGAAACGAUUUCCUUUUCACUGAACAGUGUUUGAAAUGUAAAAGCUAAAACGCGUUCUGCUUUCCAAGUCGGGAGGAAAAGGAGACGGCAGCUUUGCUCCCAAAAGGCAUUUUGGGAAGCGCUGUUGGAGGAAAAACUUCUUUCCAGUGAUUCUUUGGCGAUGCGUUUAUCCUGAGCAGCGCAGUUGGCGAAUUCUGUGGCCCGAACAGCUUUAUUGAGGGCUGCAUGGGAGCGGAGGUUUGCUUUGCGUGUUGUUGACACCGCAUUGAAACGUCAGCACGGUGGCAGCAAAGCCAUUUUUCAUUGUGGUUGAGGUGCUGUGGGCCCCCUCUGAAGCCCGGUCACGUCUCCUCCAGAGCUGGAGCUGCUCCAUUAUUUCUUCAUCGAUGCAUUAACCUCUGAACUGCUGGGGCACCUCGCAUGGAGCAGCAGGACCCGACCGAUCCUGAACCUGGGGACUGUGGAGAUGGAGUUCUGCUGCUCUUUUCCCUCUGCGUUUUGGCUGUGACAAGUGGAGAAGGAGGGCAGAGCAGCAAAGCCACAUAAAGGGGGUGAGAAACUGCCUCUGAAAACAGAGGAGGAAGCUGUUAUUUCCAAACCCAUCCACCACGUCUGUGUUUCUACCUUUGGGAAACGUCCUGAAGGGCAGCACCUGAAGAAGGCAGCGGUUGCUCCGCUGUUUUUUGCCCAGCAGAAGCUGCCAUCUGAAAACAUGGGACGUGCAGCUCUAUUUGUCACUGUGGUUCUGAUUCUUGGCUCCCAUCCCGCGGCCAUCGCCCCGUCCUGUGUUUUAUUGCCCCCGCUUUUAAUUGUUCUCAGCUCUGAUUGUGUUCACAGGUUAAGCAAGGCGGGGGUCGGUUCUGCUUUCCCUUCCCCACUGAGUGUCCCUGCAAGGAAACUCUGAGCUGUUCCAAGCUUCCCUGCGUGUCCCCCCAAACCAAAAACACCCACCCAGCUGGGGGGCAACGAAGAAUAAUUAAUUAAAGUGUUCUGAGCUCUGUAUCUAACAGACACCCGAGGAUCGCCGCGAUGAUUCCCUGCCUCAUUUUCCCCCUUUUUGGAGCUCAGAACACAAAGUUGAGCACCGGGUUUGUUUUUUGUUUCCCUCCCAUGGCUUUGGCUGAUGUCACUUUUCUUUCCAAGCUGAACUCUGGAGGUGAAUCACACACCGCCCCGGAAUGAGGAACUCCCCCGAAAGCCUCUUUAAUUUUUCACCCAGAAAAUAUUCUCGUUUUACACUCUGCUUCUCUUACUGAAAGGAGCCAUAAAUCAGCACCGUCCCUUUGGUGUUGGCCGUCGAUGGGGGAGAUUUAGUGCUGCCAGCAGCCCCGGGUCUUUGGUGGGCAGCGGCAGAGGGCAGAGAGCCGUGUGGAGCCGCAUUCCAUUCGCACACACCGUUUGCUUUGCUUGGCUGCUGGCCCACUGGGCUUCGAGCUGCUGCUGGGCAGAUGAAGGGUUUUCCACUCUGGCCUCUCUGUUUUGCUUUCCUUCGCCCUUUCUCCUCCUCUCUGGGCAGGGGGAAUUUCCAGCUUGCUGUUGUGAGCCCUGUGUGCUGAGAGCGAGGUUUGCUCCUCUCAAAAGCACUGAGGCAAAGCCAGAAAGCGUGGGUGUCGUCCAGCCUGCUGCCCUCCUGCUCUGUGCUCUGCUGCAGGGUGAGCUCAGCCUUUCCCUGGAGUGAUUUCCUCCCCCUGAGCGCGCAUUCCUCCCCGCCGCCCAUCGGGGCUUUGCAAAAGAGUCAGAUCCCAAUCGCAAAGCUUCUCCUGCCUCAGAAGCAGUGCUUGCUGUCUUUUAUUGCUGCAAGGACGCGUUUCCAGCUGCAAAACACAGCUGGGAGCAAUCGCCGAGCCCCGAUACCUGGCUGUGCUGCUGGUGCAGUGGGACCCCCUGACACAGAAUCACAGGGUUGGAAACGACCUGCAAGAUCAUCCAGUCCAACCCCCCUCCCAUUCCUAUCAGUGCCACAAGCACUAAACCACAUCUUGUAGCUCCUCAUCCAGGCGCCUCUUGAACAUUACCAGGGACGACGACUCCACCACCUCCCUGUGCAGCCAUUGCAGUGCCUGACCACCCUCUGAGAGAAAAAGUUUCUCCUCAUAUCCAACCUAAACCUCCUCUGGUACAACUUCAGGCCGUUUUCUCGGCUCCUACUAUUUGCCUGGGAGAAGAGGCCAGACCCUUUUGCACCACAACCUCCCUUCAGGAAGUCAUAGAGAGCAGUGAGGUCUCCCCUGAGCUCCUCUUCUCCAGGCUGAACAUUCCCAGCUCCUUCAGCCUCUCCUCAUCAGCCCUGUGCUCCAGACCCCUCACCAUUUCGUUGCCCUUCUCUGCACACAUUCCAGGGCCUCCAUGUCUUUCUUGUAGUGAGGGGCCCGAAACAGAACCCAGCACUCGAGGUGCGGCCUCACCAGUGCUGAGUAGAGGAAACCCCAGCGGGACCCCCUUGCAACCCACUGUGUAACAAAGGUGGAAGCGAAUCGCCUGUAGCAAAGCACCCAGCGGCCACGUGGGCAAAAUUACACCCAAAUCUGCUGCUUCUGCCAAAAGUUUCCCCGUUCCCUCUUAGGAAGAGACCUUGAAGUGAUGGUGAAGGGUCUCCAGCUGCGGAGCGAACGCGAAGGGAAGCGAGUGCCCAUCAGUGGCUGUUGCUUUAUGGAGAGGGGUGAGCUGUGCAAGGGCUGCAGUUGUGUCACACAGAUUUCCUUCUGCCCGUUCCCUCCACAACAGCCUUGGGAAGGCCAAAAAGAAAGAAAGAAGAAGCAAAAUGCAGCGGGAUUUCGUCUCCUUUCAUCCCCAGCACUGGGGGCUUACGGAGCUCCUCCGUGACCACAGACGACGACCGUGAGCCGUUUUUAUUUUUAUUUUUUUUUAAUCUUUUGAGGGAAUACACACUUGUACAAUCAGACUGACAACAGCCCCCUGGGGGGAGGCUCAGGAGUAAAACACCACGUACAGAAACAUCGGCCGGGUUCUCAGCUGCGCUCACAGCUCUGGAGGUCAGGAUUUAAGAAAUAAGUCACGGUUUCCUGUUGGGAGUCAUCUGCUCAUCAGUCCCUCUGUCCAAACAGAUGUGGGGAAAUCAGUUCUGGAGGAGCUCCUUCCUUCGUCUGGCACGAUUCUGGGAAAACCUGACCUUUCCAGCAAUAUUGGCUCCGUGUCCUUCACAGCUGUAAAGAACCGAAUCCCACAUUUGGGUCCUGGCUGGGAGAAUAAAGAAUUCCUGUUUGGUAAUAAUUCAAA